UCUAUAUUGAUAACACUCUUUCGGUGCCUGAGCGUGACGAUUCGGCGGUUGUCUGUCCCACGCUGGGUGCGUAACGGCACAGACACUCCUGUGGUGCUGGACUGCGAGUACGUGUACAACGAGAACGACCUGAAGCUGGUGGUCAAGUGGUUCUUCAAUGACGGCUUGGAGCCCGUGUACCAGUGGAUACCCGAGAUGAAGUCGCGGGAAGCCUUCGGCGUGCUUCAGGGUCGCCUCGAUCCCUCGUUUUCGGUGAACUCGAGGGACGACUACUCUCAGUACCGCGCCAUCCGCAUCCUCACACCCACGAGGGAGCUGAGUGGCAAGUACACCUGCGUCGUCGCCUCGCUCGCUGGGCAAGACGCAAGGCAUCAGGACAUGACCGUCUACGUGCCGGCCGAGUCCUUCGCCUUCAACUACAGCUUCGCCCAAGAAGGCAGCCGCACUGUCAGCCUUAUGUGCACGGGCCGAGGGCUGUUUCCACGGCCUGAACUAAAGCUGUACUUGAUACGGUCGGGCCAACGAAAACCUGUGGUGGUGCGGACGUUCACAUCCAUGUCCUCCCAAGGCCUCUUCGACGUUGUGCUUCACGCCGAGAUGGCCGAGAACGCGUUGCCGUCCGUGGCGGACAUCUUGGAGUGUGUGCUCGAAAUCCCGUCCAGCAAUUACGUGCUCACAAGGCGGAUGAGUUUGUCUCCCCGUAAGUAA